UCUAAAUAUUAAUUGAAAUAAACAUAAAACUUUUCAAUUUGAUAAAAUAUUGUAUAAUAGAUUCAUUAGUGCUUUGUUAAAGAUCAAAAUAUUUUUUUACUUAAAAUUAAUUUUGCUGAGUUGGCUUGUGCGUCGCGCCGUCAGUCUGCCGUAACGUGGCGGCGCUGCGCUCGUGUGUGUGCUGCAGGAGUGGCUCAGUGGCUUGAACUGUCAUUGUUCAUGUAGUUUUCUGUGAUAAGAAUUACUGUGAAAUUAUAGUUUAGCGAACUAAUUUACACAAUCACGAUGUCCGCCUCGGGUGAAUUCGGUAAUCCUUUACGCAAGUUUAAGCUGGUUUUCCUGGGGGAACAGAGCGUGGGGAAGACGUCGCUCAUCACUAGGUUCAUGUAUGAUAGCUUUGACAACACUUAUCAGGCAACUAUCGGAAUUGACUUCCUCUCGAAGACCAUGUACUUGGAGGACCGUACGGUCCGGCUUCAGCUCUGGGAUACUGCCGGACAGGAGCGUUUCCGAUCUCUCAUACCUUCCUACAUCAGGGAUUCCACUGUCGCUGUUGUCGUUUACGAUAUUACCAAUGCAAACUCAUUCCACCAGACGUCUAAAUGGAUCGACGACGUCCGUACGGAGCGUGGGUCUGAUGUGAUCAUCAUGCUGGUGGGCAAUAAGACUGACUUGUCCGACAAGCGGCAGGUGUCCACCGAGGAUGGGGACAGGAAGGCCAAGGAGCUCAACGUUAUGUUCAUAGAGACCAGCGCUAAAGCGGGAUACAAUGUCAAACAGUUGUUCCGGCGGGUGGCGGCCGCGCUGCCCGGCAUGGACUCUGCGGAGAACAAGCCUCCGGAAGACAGUAUCCUUUACCAAAUACCAUAUACCCUGUGUACAUACGGGCCGGACCGAAGUACCGGCCGUACGGCAUGCAUUGGUGACUUGUUGCAUGCGAACCUGGGUUCUAAACUACCUUGUUUUGAACGGUCCGAUCCAAUAACACACCGUUGUACUAACUUGGCAGUUCGAUGAGAAUACACACAACCACAGUGCCACAGAUUACAUAACAAAUGUAGACCAAACAAACGUCAUUUCAAACUUAUGUGCUUGUUCCAUUAAAUCGAAAUGCCAAGUUAUUCAACGUAUAAAAGAACAAGUCAUGAAAGAACUAAUGUUUUUUAAAUCAAGAGUCCACGCUCGUUCAUACACGCACGUAUAUAUGAAGUAUUUAAGUAAUAUAUUUAGUGUUUACACGGCCCAUGAUUGUGCUAGAAUAUGUUUUCGUUCCGUUAGAAGGCACAUUGGCGGAUUAUUGAAACGAUGUUCAUUGUUAUAUUGUGUGGAAUCAGCUGCGUUUUUGUUCGUACAUCUACAGAUGGUUUUCGCAUAUUCAUUGUCUGUCUGCUUAUUUAAUUUUAAUGUGCAAGUAAUGUUGAAUUCAUUCUAUAACAUAAUCUUUAAAUUUAAACAGGAGAUUCAUCUCACAUCGCUUACUACUCAAUUAUCGGUACAGAGAUAGAUCUUGAUACAUUUUGAAGUCAAAACCUCUAGCAUUAGAAAAGUCGAAAACAUUAUAAGGCUAUGUUUUGCCAACAUAUGGCCCCCAGCAUGGCUUGAGACUAGUCGAGAUACCUCAUCAAACAAUUGAGUAGACCGUGAAAUAGUAAAUUUACGAGCAUUUCUGGAAUAAAAUCAUAUUAUUGUUAUGUUAUCUAUACUUACUAAUAUUAUAAAGCUGAAGAGUUUGUUUGUUUGAACGCGCUAAUCUCCGGAACUACUGGUCCGAUUUGAAUAAUUCUUUUUUUGUUGGAUAGCGCAUUUAUCAAGGAAGGUUAUAGGCUAUAAAACAUUACGCUACGAUUAAUAGGAACCGAGCAGAGCGGGUGAAACCGCGCGGAAGUAGCUAGUUAUACAUAAUUGGUUAUUAUAUGCGUAGCUGGUCCCACACGUAAUGAAUAGUUCCGGGUCGAGUGACGUGUUCCGGCCGAGUCUGUGUUACGGUGGUGGUUAUAACAGUCUAACGUCUGUGUUGUAAGUAAACUUAACGUUACUAAUACUCUUGUCUAUAUAAUUGUACCUCAUCCGUUUGAUACCAUCAUCGCCCGGUCUAACCACAUAUUAUGCAGUUUACGAAAACUUUUGGAAGAUAUACCUCUAUAUUGAUUGUUCAUGUUAAACCAAAAUGUUCCCGAAUCACUACACGUGUCUGGGGAAAACUUGUAUAGAAUUCCGUUCAGAAGUUUUUAAGUUUUUUGCGAAUAGACAGAGUAGAAGUUAUGAAUUGUGCAAUAGUAAACUAGUUGUAAACUUUCUUUUUAAAAAGUAAAGAUAAUAUUAUUGAGUCUUUGUAAGCUACGUAAUCUGUGGUCCCAUACCUAGCUUGUUGACUCGACAAGUGAAGAGACGCAACAUAUUUUACAUUUAUUUUGUAUAAAACUAUUUAUUUAUAUUAAUACUAAUAACAUCGCUUUAUAAUCAUGCUUUGUUCGUAACAAUCUUAUGUGUAGCCGGCAACAUUUAAAAUCUGCAACCUUAGCCAAAUCAAGAUACAUAUUUUUGUGUGAGUGAGUGUCUCUUAUUAGUAUUGUGAUGUUUAAUGUUUAAUUUUAUUUAACACGCUAUGAACACAGCAUCAAGUAAUAAUUCCAAAAGUGUGACUUUCGGAAAAUAAACAUGUAAUUUUACACAUACAUGUGUGAUGAUUAUGAUGGCGUAUCUGUAGAACGUCCAUACAAAUUAAUGAAACGAUGUCACAGUCAAAUCAAGUCAAUUGCCGAUAUGAAGUUGCCGCCUGUACAUUGUACGAGCUUAUAUUUAUUUAAUCAAUCACUGCUUGAUAUAUAUUUGUUGUUGCUAUUCUAUUAUUAUUAUUGGCGCUUUAAAAAAAAACAUUAGUUUCAAUAGAAACCGCUUGACGAAUGCAUGGCCGACUGGCAGUUGUGUGUUGAUUUACGUAUUAACAGUAUUUUCUAUGAACUAACUUUAUUUCUAAGAAGAAACUACGGUCUUUAUAAAACUAUCUUCGUACGAGUUCGUUGUUUUCAGUUCAAUGCUCUAUUGUUGUUUCGAGGUCCAUUCGAGCUCUCGUUAAUACCUCGUCAGUAUCUCUGGGUACCGGGCAGGCGAGACAGCUACAGAGCUUGAAACGAAACAAUGUUCUCGACUGUCGGCAAACUUGAGGGGAAAUAUUAGUUCUUAAUGAUCCACGUUAUAUACACGUCGUUUUAGAAAGAAAGUAGACUGUCAGCAAGCAUUGUCAUAAUCCUAUUCGAAUUGCUAUUGUUGACAGAACAAAUGUUGUCAAAUUAGUUAACGAAAAAGCCCAGAAAUUAUUAGUUUGCUACAUUUUAAUUAGCUUUGUAUUCUAAAUCACCUUUUCUUCUCUGUUUAGAUGUCUGUCUUCUGUAUUUGUCUGUCUGUCUGUUGUUAUAUAUUGUAUGUUCAUGUCCAAUUAUUGAACGCAUUCCAAUCAAAACUCAGGAAGACAGUUUACUGUAUAUGAAACAAAUUGGAGUUGAACAUUACACGAAUAUUACAUAACUAAACUAAUAUUCCCCAAUUUGCCGACCGUUCUUGUUUCCAACUGUAUCCUAGUACGAUUUUAUUUUCCUUAAUGUGUUUGUACAGUGCACGAGGUGAUUCUGAGGCAAGCGCCCGGAGACAACAAGGAGCCAGACAGCGGAUGCGCGUGCUAGUGCCUCGCACCGCCACGCUCGCGCCCCUGCGACACGCACAUGCGCCCUAUACUUGAACAUAACUCCUACUCAUACCGAAAUACUUUCAAUCAAUUUAAGAAUCAAAUAGAUCUGAUUCUAUAACACUAAAACUUAAAGUAUCAAUUUCUAUAUUUGUAUUUGGGUGCAAUAGGGCGCGGUGUUGACGUCGCACGGGCUAGCGACGGAGCGUUUGUACCGAUCUGAUACGUGCUAGCGUGCUUUUGUGUGUUUGUCUACAGUGAUAUUAGAUGUUAAUGUACAUUCAACUAGUUUUCAAAUUAUAAACAAUUAAGGCAUAAUAUUACAUGUGACUGCAGACUGUUUUGUAUAGGCCUUCGUUGAUUAACUAAAUCUUGCAAGGCCAUAAUGUGUAAGGGACGGGUUGCGCCCCGUUACGGUAGUGACAGUUUAUUAUUAUUUAGCAGUUGCAACAAAGCUUCUUGUGCAUUGACGCUCGUUAGUGCCAUAUUUAACGUGUACGUUCCUGUGAAAGUGAGGUGGAGCAACCCGCCCUGUAUAAGAAUUGCUACUAUUUAGUUGAACGCUGCCCCAUAAGUGCAGCUGAGGUCUCCUCAGCACGUUGAAUUGUGGGUCAGCGUUGGUUUAUGAAUCAAAGGCCUAUGUAAAACAGCGACGUGCUACUUUGACAACGCAUUUACACAAAAGCACUAUGUAUUAGCCGCACUAGGAACAUGAGUACUUAUGUGGGAAUUUAUUUAAUCACGUUCUGCGAUCCGAGUAGUAGCGAGGCGUUAACAUCGAACUGGAAGCGGCAUUGGAUUGCAAUGUUGGUGCGAUAAGAAACUUUCGCUAUCAUUGCCUUACUCAAGCAAUAAAAAUAAUGAUUAUUAUAAAGAUAAACUAUACGUAGGCACAGAAUGAAAUUCCCAUAUUAUUUUAUCCCCUUGAUAGCAUGAUUAUAUAAAUAUAUUCUAAGCAAGUUUUAUAUUUAAGUUCGUAUGAGACUGAGACUGCAUGCACGCCUUUACGUCACUACAAAGCUUAUGAUAGUUUGGGUAGCAAGCAGGACUUCUUAUGCGAUACUGAACUGACAAGAAUAUUGUUACUAUGAGAGAAUUAAAGUGUUUAUCGCGAUUGAUGGAUCGGGCGUUUGUUGUCGUAGCGCUAAUAGAAAAAAUGUCACAUCAAGUUAUUUAUUGGAAAAAACUAAUAAUAUGAAUUAAAAUUGUCUUGUGGUAUAUAAAAUUGUAUUGUCCUUUGACAAGGUCAUUAAAACAUGACCAAAAUAUUUGCAAUUAUACGUCUUAGCAGCAAACUUUAAAUGAGGAUUAAUAUGGUUAAUAUUUUCUAACGUAUGUGUAGGGCAGUACAGACAGCAAGCACUGGUCCUAAAUCCUCUUUUCUGAAAAUAUGGAACAUUACACACUGUUCCUUACACAUCAAACUGAACGAAUUAUAAAAUGAGGUUACUCUUGGUGACACGACUAUUAGUGUUGCGAUGGCACUUCUAUUUAAUUUAUUAAUGUAGGAGCUACUCUGUAUUUUGUACAUAGCAUGGGACUGCGCGACUCGCCUCUCUUUCCUUUACAAUAUCACGGUCCCAAUUUUCUUUCUAUAUAUUUAACAUCAGAGACUAACUAAACUGCUAUGGAUUAUACCUGAGAAUAUAUCUAUAAAUAAAAUAAAAACUAAGGACUUUUGUGUCCCGAGGCCCGUGCUCCAUUAAUCUUCUGGGAAUCUGGAAACUUGUUAAUAUCAAACGUGGAAACCAUUAUGUAUGAGUGGCUCAAUGCAAUCGGUCGGAGGCAGCUGUAUCUAAGGACGGAGAGUCCCGCGGUCCCAGUACAUUAGUAUUAUUUAUUUACCUAGUGCUUUAAGUGCAUACAUUUUUAAUUCUUAUAUAUAAAACGAUUUUAGUGAGAUUUUUCACAGAUAGCUUUCAUUAUUUCAAUAUUAUACAUAACAAUGUUUUGUAAAUUAAAUAUAAUUUAUCAUUCCAAUGCUUUGUUAAUGUUUUAAUCAAUACAUUAUUAGCAAUAUACAAUAAAUAUUAUAACGUUUGGCCUCAAAAGGAUAUUUUUUAAAUUAAUUAAUGCUUAUUUGUAAUUAUAAAUUAUUUUUAUAAUUUAAGUGCAAUAUUUUUGUACUGAUUUUUGAUGGAAAACGAGAUGGUUCAACUGGGUAAUGAAGUACAAUGAAGUAUCUCAAACUAGAAACGACUCAAUUGCAAAGCUCAUAAGGUUUAUUACUAAUGAGUUAGUUUACACUGGUGGUUUAUUUUAAUAGUAUUUAUGUACCCAGUCGAACUAUUCUAGUUUUAUUUAGAUCAUAUCCAAUUAUCCACUUCUUAUGAACGAUAGCAAUAAUGUCGCUGCCUUGGCGUCGCACGUACGCACUCAUUUAAAAUGUUAUAGUACUGUUCAAGUAGAGUAUUCAAUGUGCGAGACCCGUAGCAAUUUCCGUAAUUGGCUAUUAAAGAAGCAUUCCUUGGUGGAUGUUGAUUUAGUUGCGUGAACUAUAUUUUGCCUGAGUUUUAACGUUAAAGACCUGUGCCAGAGCCACAAAAUAAUGCUCUCAUUGGUCAAAUUAAAAGAGUUACAGAGCCUCAAAUUCGAUACCUGGGUCGGGCAGAUCUCCCUGUCUGUUAUAGAUGGCACGGACUUUGUGUUAUCAAUUUAUCACCCAAAAAAUAAUGUAUGAAAAUAAAGUUAUCUAAUGUAAUGAUUAUACAUGGACUUUCUAAGUAACUGGUGAAAAGUGUGGGUGGUAUUAUACUUACGUUCCUUGGGGGAUAAAAGCAAGUCAAGAUGGCUUUUUAAAAAAUAAAUCUAUAACAAAUAACAAUAAUUAUGUUAUGAUACUACCUUAAACGUGAGUGCGUUCGUCGGCUGUCAUUAAUUUAUUUUGAAAUUGUAAAUACCAUAUCACGCUGGUUUAUUUUGAAUAAAAUAUUUAAAACACUA